GUAGGUUCGGCCUCAGCAGUGCAAACCAAUUCAGUUGUGCUACUCCAUCCAGCCUACGAUUUGUCUCGGUAUAUUUACCCCCAUCAGUUCGGUUUUGAUCGAGUAUGAUUCGACUCCGGAGUCAAUUAUUUCUCCGAUAGAAACCAGGCUCUGCCACUUGAUUCAACUUGUCGCCCCCAUCCCCAUCGGGAUCUCCAUGGGUGUCGGAUUCUCGUCGCCCUUCUCACAACCAAAGGGGGAAGAUCGCCUCAGUGCGCUUCCUGAUGAUAUUUUGCUGUCUAUCUUGGAGAGAGUGGACGACCUAAGAACCGUAGCAAGGACAAGUGCGCUAUCAACACGGUGGAGGCGGCUGCCUUGGUUCCUGCCCGAGCUCAUCAUUGACGCCGAUGAUUUCAUAUCCGGUCCGCACCCAAGGGGAAAGCCUAUUGAGGCUAAGGUCAUCCAUGACGCGAUGCUCACUCUAACCGCAGCGACAAGGAGUUUAUUUGCUAAACCUCAGAGAGAAUCUGCUGUCGCAGAGCUGCAACUUGAGAUCUACUUGAUCGACACUUUCUUAUGCGAUAAUAUUGGCCCACUGGUAUCUGACGCAGUCGACCGUGGUCUGCUGAAAGAUUUAGACCUUGCCAUUCUCGACGAGAAGGGAACUUCUGGACGUUCUCCGUCAGAUGAGAUAAAGCGUGCUCAGGAUAUUGAUGGAUUUUUCUGUGCCUACCCUAGUGUCCUCCAUUGUCUCACGAGCCUCUCUCUCUAUGGUGUGAGUUUUCUCCAAUUGGACAUCCAUCAUAUCCUGUUUGACUGCUGUAACCAGCUGAAGCAUUUAUAUCUCUAUUCUUGUGAUGUUGGUCCUUUGUGGAAGAUAGAUGCACCAAAUUCAAAACUUCGUGUUCUGGUGCUCUACAUGUGUUGCUUCGAGGGAAUUGAGUUGAUAUCCCUUCCAAAACUGGAGAAACUCAGUGUGCUUGGUUGGGUAUCUCACUCUGUCCCCUUGUCUUUUGGUUUUGUCCCAUCCCUUGAGGAAUUGGACCUAGCACAAAUUCUGCUCCGUCGUCAGCAUUUAUAUAAAUUAAGUGACUUUCUCCAUGGAGCCACAGGCAUACACACUCUCACAUUGGAUUCCAAAGGAAGCGCGAUUUGGCUACAACCUGAAAUAAAACAACUCACCUCCGCAUUCAGAAAGCUAAGGAAGCUGCUCAUACUAGGUGUUUUUGUUGAAUUUGACCUUCUAUGGACUACAACUUUUCUUGAGGCUGCUCCUUCCAUUGAAAUGUUGCAUAUUGAGGUAUGUGAGCAUGCGUGCGAGUUGGGUGACGAGAACGACGAAUCUGGGAUAUUCGCUGAAAGAAUUAAUCCUCUGUGGGAGCUAGACUUCCAUGCCUCGAAGAACAUGCUAUUGAGAGAGCUCCACAUCGCCCACUUUAGGCCCCUAGAGCAGCAGCUGACAUUUAUUAGAGCAAUCCUGGAGCGAGCUCCCAAUCUUCAAACUGUGAUGCUAAACAAAGAUGGCGAGAUAUGCAACGAAUGUGAUGCCAUGGCCCUCGAUGUGCCACCCAGUGCAUCAGCUCGGCCUGCAUUUCCGAGGACCAACGAGGAGCAAGACUCGGUGGUCAGGUGGGUCAUAGAUGGCACCUUCUUCUCAGGUCAGAUAUAUUUUCGGUGAUCGACAAGAUUGUUACAAUGUUGAUAGAGUGAUCAAGUCACUGUUCAAGAAUU